GGCAAGCUGAUGCUCAGACCAGUGGAGCCCUGCUCUUCUUAAAAAAAACACUUCUUCAAGCAACUGACUAAGGCUGACAGCACGAGAGGGCAGAAUGAGUAUGCGUGGAGCAGUGGCCGGUUGCGUGGUGCUGACGUGCCUGCUGGCGCUUCUGGCUGAGAGGACAGACGGACACAUCACAUUCUUCAGCCCAAAGGAGAUGAUGCUGAUGAAGGAGCGAGAAGGUAAGAAAGACAUAGAGCCUCGAUCAGAGGACGGUCAGUUUGAAGAAGUCGCCAUUCAGCAAGUUCCUCAAAUGGAGCAUAAUGGAAAUCCUGAUAAAACACUGGAGAUUGCCGUCCGUCUUUCACCCAAACAGCGGAAUCAUGUGGCGCCAAUGCUUGAAGAGUUCAUCCAUGAAAUAGUAGAAGACAAUCAGAAAGCCAAAUAGCGAAGCCGAGAGCAAGAGGGGAUGAACACUGUAUAAAAUGUUCAGAACAAGCACUGAAUGCUUAAAUGUUUUGUUGUAUUUUAA